UUCUGGCACAAAAUUAAUUAAAUUGUUGAACAGUGAGUUUUAGGAUGCAAUUAUACACUAACUUUAAAGUCUAAGUGAUGUCUUUGAGAAAUAUCAACAGAGUCCUAUCUCUUAGACAUUCACUCUGAAGUGAAAUACUUGUCUGCUGCACAUGCUCUGCUUUUAAAAAGUUGACACACUGUAUAGGAAAAUCAGCUUGUGGUGUGCAGAGAAAACUAGAUCUUUGGAAAAGAACAUUAUGGUUUACAAGAAGAUUUGUGUCCUUACAAUGGUUAAUAUUGAAAGUUGUUAGACACUAAAUAUAGCACAAGUAUGUUUACACGUAAUCUUGUGAUAGCCAAAAACUUGUAUUUGAAGACAGUUGUGUAUCAAAGAUGUUUUCUAACAAGGCCACUGCACUCAAGAUCUUUUGUUAAAAAAAGUAGCAUACCACAUACUUUAUUAUGUCCAAUGAAAAGAUACUUAAGUUCAAAGAUAAAAGAAAUAAGCUGUGUAGCAGGCAUUGCUGAGGAAGAUGCAAAAAAACUGGUUGACCUUACUCCCCAGUUGUUAGAAUAUUCUUCAGGUAGUUGGGAAGGUUUACUAAAACUACUCUCUAGUCAUGGUCUAAGUCAGAAACAAAUAUUUAAAAUGCUGUCUGACUCUCCAUCAUUGCUGGCUAUUAAAACUGAUGUUGUUGCAUCUACUCUAGAUUAUUGGAGAUCUCUGAAACUUGGAGAAGCUAGAGUGUUCAACAUAUUAGGUCAGUGUCCUUCUUUACUCUUACUUAAACCAUCAUAUCUUCAAAAAAGAAUAAAAAUGUUAAAUUCUUUAUUCACAAGUGAAGAUAUUUUGAAACUUGCUGAAACAUGCCCACAAGUUUUAGUGGAACCAUGGCAUGAGAUUCAACUGAAAACUGAUUACCUGUUAUUUGUGGUGGGGAUUGAACAACCUCAAAUAAUCAAGUCCUCAUUGUUAAAAUAUAGUUUAAAGCAUAUUAAAACAAGACACCAGUUUGCUCUACAUAGUGGCUGUUACAGAAAACCUCAUGGAAAACAUAAAAAUUUAGUGAAAAAUCCUUCUCUAAGGCUUAUAUUUAACUCCUCCAUUAAAGACUUUCUCAAAUUAUCAGGUUUAACUGUAGAAGAAUACACUGUGUUCUGUGAAUUAAUGGAGAAAAAAAUGAAGUCAGAAGAUGAAGAUAUGUUAAAGAACAGUUCAGAGUGAACUUUCAUGGGAACUUAUGUUGAAAAAAAUAAUGUACUCAUGUACAUGGUUAAGUCACACAUUAUAUUCAAAUGUGUUUGCAUUAGAAUGUUUACAAUUAUUAUGUAAAAAAUAUAAUUUUUUUUAAAUGAAGUAUCAGCAACAACUGUUACUAUGUUAAGAUGAACUGUUUGUUUACCUUUACUGACAAGCAACUUUUACUGUAUCAGAGGUUCUCUUUUGAAUGAAUAAAGUUUAUCGUGAUUAA